AUGACCAGUCAAAGAUCGAGCCCACACCUCACGAGAUCUAGGUCUAGUGCGGAUGAGAUAUUGACGAGAAGCAGACACAAUACUGUGCUCUCGACAUCUUUUGUGUCAACACGGAGAGCCGAUGAGCAACCUGCAUCACCAUUGAGCGCUCACAAACCGAGGCGAACGAGAAGCGGAACAGCCAAAAGUAUAAAUAAUCUCAAGCAUGACAUUCACCAUGUUCAACAAGAUCUGGUAAGGCUACGGAAAUCAAAGGAAGAUACCGAGAAACUUAAGGAGUCAGCAACGAACGACAUAUACCCCGGAAACUAUUCCCAAGAGCACCUUCAACGCCAUUCAAUGGUGUUGCAGUCGAACAACCAGUUACGGAAGCUCGACCAACAGAUCAAAAAAUCUGGAGAUCUUCUUUCAUCGCUCAGAAAGAAAUUAGACAGCACAACGGAAGAGGUACGUCCUACUGCGAGCACAAAUCCCAGUUUUAUUAGCAAGGAAUUGAGGCGUACCUCAGACUAUACGACUGCAGAUGAUAGCACAACUGCGGAAGAAUUGUCCGCCCGAUCUUUAUCUGAAGACGACGUAUCUUCGGCAAGUCUUGACGAAGCUAGCAAUGGGGAGUCUCCAGGAAAUAAACAGGUGUCGAGUAGCGACGCAGCAGCUAGCGAGAAGCAUGCUACAUGGCUCGUUAGUGACUAUUUGCAAAGUUUACAAGACAAAAAUGCGUCAACAGAUUAUCUGUUGGAAACUGCUAAUGACCUCACGCUGCUUUUGAAACAGAACCCUACCAUCAAAUUUGAUCUUUAUCUUCCUGCAUUCUCGAGUACUAUCCAGCAGUUGCUUCUGAGCGAUGCUGAUGUGACCGUUGCUGCUGCGUACCGGAUAUGCCGCCAUCUGAUCACUGGUCAAGAAUUUAUUCAGGAGCUGUUAAAAUUGCACUUGGAGCCGUUCCUUAUCAUUUCACUUGCAAAACCGAACUCGUGUUACGUGGAGAGGCUACAUGCUCUGAAACUGAUACGCUCGUUUCUUGGACAUGAUGCAGGCAUAACCCUUGGUCUUGUUCAAGCUAUUAUAAGCUGUAUUGAAAAACCAGAUGAUAGGUUAAGAGAAGUUGCAUUAGAAACAUUACUAGAACUGUGCUAUACUAAGCCUAUGUUUGUACGACGUUGCGGCGGUAUUCAAUUUCUAGGGUCAUUCAUAGGUGAAUGCUCUUCUCCUCAACAGGCGGCUUACGUCCUCGACGCCAUGCUAGACCUCAUGACAUUUCGGGAAACUCGAAGUUGUUUCAUUGAUAGCUUUGAUGUGCGCGUAGUGCUCACUUCUUUAUCAGACUCCCAAAUUAAGGCCAACUUUAACGCGGAAAGACUCAAAAGUGGAAUCAACCUUGUUAGCCGAUGCCUCACAAACUAUAACGGUAUUAUACUUUUCUCUCAAGAUGACUUCAGACCUCUGCGCGAGCUUCUUGCCUUUUUUCAGGCUCCACAGCUCGCAUCAUACUUGGUCGACCUGUUUUUAGACGUUCUUCGAAUCAGGUCAAUCUCGCCUACAGGUAAGAAAACUGCCAACCACAAUUUCAAAAUUUCUCCAUCACACUUUCAUUUUGAGACAAUGCCCAUCAAUCAAUAUGUGGGUCUUUUGGCGGGCGUUCUUUACAAGGUCGGUUUUAUAGAUUGUCUGUUGGGGGUUUUAAUUCAAUUAGCGCCAGGCAAAAAGGACCACGGAGUGGCGGCCAAAACUAGGUAUCUCAUAACAGAAUACUGCAACAUAGCAAUGAAUUUAGCGGGGCUUAAACCGAGCGCGUCAGCGGGCCUUCUUUCCUUCAAUUAUUCCGAUUUCGAGAAAGUGUUCUCUGAAGUUUUCCAGUAUGAAAAGGUCACUAAUAAGCUCAACAAAAGUAGAAAUACCAUUGGAAUGUCCGAUAUAGGUUCAUUGCGAGACAUAAUGGAUUUUUCUGAGCAACUAAAGCACAAAGCGCUUAUAAAUGAUGUUGACGAAGCUCGUUUCAAAAGAAUGGUUUACGAUACCAGGGUCCUACAAACAAAAGAUUUUUCUCUAUGGAACUGGAGUAUUUUAUCUGACCUCCUUGAGGGACCUCUUUUGAAUGGCAAGAGGCUUGACGAUCUCGCCAGAACAACCAAGUUUUUUCGGCGUCUUAUGGUGUUCUACAGACCGAUGAGAUUUCGUUUUUCAAAGAUUCGUCAAGGCUCUAGACUUGCGCCCAAGUGCGUGCAUGUGGGGCGCCAACUUUUCAGAACUCUCACAUCAAACCGAGAAGGCAUUAAGGUUUUGAGUGAUGAUACAAAGUUAAUACCUCAGAUUGCGUCUCUUCUUUUCAAGGCGAUGGAAGGUCACACAGCUGGGAACGUUUUCUCCAGGGAAAGCCUCUCGAAAACUGUAUGCGCAGGCUACUUUAAAAUUAUAGGGACCUUUACCGAAUCACUCAGAGGUGUAAGAAUUUUGGAAAAAUGGAAUGUGUUUACUGUCAUCUACAAAAUGUUUCAACACACUUCAAAGUUUACCGACUCUUUUUUGCUUCUCAUUCUCCCAGAGCUGGAUCUUGAGCACUCUCUGCACUGUCGGAACAUACUGAAUAAAGCCCUUGUUCAUCCCAUGGAAGAAGUUCGCGUCGAAGCAACACGCUUGCUCGGAAACAAAAUACAAGACAUACCACAAAAAGCGAGCACUAGCGGGAGAGAAAAGGUCCUUGAGAAAUUUCUCGUUGAGCUGCUUGUUCGCCAGCUUUACGACUUGUCACCUAAGGUAAUUGCAGCCGCUGAUAAAAUACUCUAUGACUAUUGCGCCACACAAGACUGGCCUCCUCGAGUGGAUAUACCCCGUCAUCAUCUGCUGGAUCAGCUAAUGUUUAUACGGUCUCCUAUUCUUCUGGAAUUCUUAAAGACCCCUGCCGGUUUCAAGCAAUUGAACGACAUUGGUUUUGUGGAGACAGAGAGGGAAAAAUGGAUAUCGCACAAGAACAAAGAGUACGUUAGCAGAGUUGAAGCUUUUAUUCAAGCCGAGGCGUCGAAAUUUUCUAACGACACAUCUUACAGUACACCGUCGCGGAAGAAACUGCCAAUGCAUUUCUGCCACAGUCUCGCUAGCACUGAGGAAGGAGUAAACUUGAUAUCUCAAAAAGGAGACUUUGUUCAAAUCAUAAACAUCAUAAAGAGGUAUCGUCAUAAUAACUUUCCCGACCUAACUGUGGAUGAGGACAUAGAACUAAAGGCCGCCCUAUGGUGUUGUGGCCAUAUUGGCUCAACUGAGCCGGGGAUAAACCUUUUGGACAACUACUCGAUUGUCAACGACAUUGUUAGCAUAAGCUUAAGAACGUCUUCAAUGUCCAUCAAGUUCACAUCAUUUUUUGUAUUAGGGUUAGUUGCCAAGACGAAUGAGGGUUGCGAGAUAUUGGACGAGCUUGGCUGGGACUGCAGCUUGAAUGUACAAAAGGUCCCAUUAGGGCUCACUUUCCCAAGAGAUGUGCUGCGGUUCUUGCGAUUCCCAGAAUCAAACCUCAGCGAUGACCGUUUUGCCGAUCAGGGCACGCAAAUAAAUGACGGCGACGCCCCACUUGAGUAUGAAGUACCAACCUUGGACUUAGAUAUGCUUUUGAAUAAUAAGGCAAAGGCAGAAAACACGAUGGGAGAUGCGCAAGAAGAGUUACAAGCGGAAAUUGAACGCCAAACACGAAACCUAGAGAUGUUCAGGCUGCAGGCUUGUCAGAUUAGCUCCGACGAAGCGCUCGAUAGAGUGAUGCGGGCCGCCAGCAAGCUCAAUAAUCACAUAUUGUGCAACGCUGCCGUAAAAGAAAUCACUGAAGUAAUUUCCACGUACGGAGCGGCGAGGUUCGAGACUCCAAAAGUGUUCUUUUGGGUUCUUGGGCUCUUGGAACAAUACCGGUUUAAGCCACAAGCUCGCAAGUUCCUGUGCGACCUUCUCCUGCGCAAGAAGACCCUCGAAGUCAUGAUUCGCAAGGAUAAGAAAAAACGCAAGUCUUAG